AUGCCUGCGCCUGCUUUUAGUGAAGACGCUCUCAAUCGUUUCCGUAUCACCCAUUCUGAUCGCGACAUCCGUCCUUUAGUCAAACGUCUACAUCGUCUACCUCUCCUCCCUACUCAACCCUCAGACGAUCCUGCGGGGGAGUCGGAAAAUACGCAACAGGAGAAAGAGCUAUUACAUCUUGAAGUCCUCAAAUGGCGAGCUACCAUAGAAAGGUUGAUGGGAAGUGUUGCCAAUCUAGAACGACAGAAACAACUGUAUGAAAAAAGGACUGAUGAGACCGCGAGAAAGACAGAAGAGUUGAAAGCUAUCUUGGAGCAAGAAAAACAACUUUUACAAGAAAAACAAUUGGAGAGAGAUAGACAAAUCAAAUGUGAUCAAAUUGCUACCCGUAUCAAAGCUCGAGGUAAAGGUCGACAAGAGCUUUUAGACCGAAUAUCGGAUGUUCAAAAACAAGUUGAAGAUCAUCGAGCCUCUCAUACUAUAUACCUCCAAACUACCCAAUCUCGAAUCGAGACUUUCUCACGUAUCAUCUCACUCGUAGAAGAAUGUCGUUCAUUGAAACUACCUAUCGAACCUCCUGUUCUCAUAACGGAAGAAUCAGAACCAAUGGAAGUUGAUGAACCUCCUCCUGUUCCUUCCACCACACCAGCAGCUUCAAGUUCACAAGCAAGAUUGAGCGGUGCGGCAUUACCUUUUCAACCUGUUUCAUUUCCAGCAAUCCCACCAGCACCAACAACAAAUGGGAGUAGUAAUGGUGGUACGAUGAAACCUCCUCCUAUCUCACAUGGUCUACCCACUCGACCGAAAGUGACGACGAGCACUUCGACACCGAGAGUUACCAGAGUGGUUUCUAACAGUUUACCUAGUAAACCUAGUGGGUUGAGAAGUAUGAGUCAGACGAGUGGAGUAGGGUUAGAAGAAGGUGAGGUGGAACAUGAGGAUGGUGAAGUGGCGGAGGAUAAAGGUAGAUGUCAACCCCUAGACAAGCCCACAAAACCUCUUUCCCGAUUGACCCCUCGGGAACUGACAGCAUCUAUAAAUCCAUCCCCCAACACUCGCUUGCUCAUCACACUAUCUUUCCCAAUCUUCUUCCUCUUGGCAAUACCAUUCUGGUGGUAUUCAACCUCGAUAAUAAAAUUACCUCUACCUUCUUCCAGAAUAGCAUCUUUGGAGACGUCUUCAUUUCCUCGUUUGAGAACUAAAAUCCUUCUGACGGGAGACGAAGAUGCUUUCCCAAAACCACCACCAGGGAAAGCGCAAUAUGAUCUGGACGAUAUCUUGGAAGCGAUUGCUAAAGAAGUGACUGAUGGUGUGGAUGGGAUAUACGCUUCUCGUCGACCGAAAGAAGAUAGGUAUUGGGAUUUGGUAUGGAAAGAUGAUCUUGAAAGACCGAUAGACCUCAAAAUCCAUAUUCGUCUUUGGCAACAUGCCAAUUCCAGCUGGCCUUUGGAACCUUAUGUACAAGCCUCGGAGAAGGGACUCAUGACGAGUGGUAUACCCGGAGGAACUUUGGUCAUACCUUUCCAUCCUGAUCAUGUGGGGCAUAAAUACCAACGGCAACACCUAAAGAUCGCACUUAUCAACACUAUACUAUCACUCUUCCCCUCUACUCCCACCGAUCUUCCCCUCCGCGCUCUCAAAUAUUCUCCCAAUAUCACACUAUCCUUCGUGCUCCUCAAUGAAGACUCUUCUGAAGGUUCUUACGUUCGUUCAUGGGAGAUCGAUUCUGCCAUUCGUGAACACUUCGUUCCACAUCUGGAACCAUUGAAAGACGUCUUUCAGCUCAAAAUCGAAUCACAAAUUCUAUACCACGCACCUCUGGCUUUCGAACCUCAAUUCGCUCCUCUUCCCGGUUCAUCGGAAAAAGCUGCAGACGCCAUCAAAGUCCUCGAAGGCAAUGUCGACCUUACGCUUGAUCUCAUAGAGGUUGAAGAGAGGGCCAAAGAGGCUAUCGAAGAGGAAAAGGGAGCUUGGUUAUUAGGAGAAGACGAGUUGAAGGUGUUUGUCAAUUCCGAGUCCUGGAAUCUAGAUUCUGGUAGUUCAAAUGAUCCAGUUUUACGAUUUUUACUUUUCGUACCUUCUUCAAAACAUCGUCCUAUGAAAAUCUCUCUUCCAGAUUCAGCACCUUCCUUUUUGUUACCUCAAUACGGUGCUGUGGUAAUUCUUAAUCCUCCUCCGACAAUCGAAUCGUCAUCCUCCGUAGGACAUCGUGAUGUAUCGGAAAUCGAGGCAUAUCAUCUUCCUCUUGACGCUUUGACUCCUUCAUUUCAUCUCUUCACUCAACAUCUAUAUUCUCUUCUUGCCCUUCCUUCAUUACCACAAAGUAUUCACCCAUCACCUCCACCUUCAUCAUUGCUGCCUCCCUCGCAGCUCGUACAACCUUUGUCAUCCUGGCAGGUACAUCAGAUUCUCCGACAGAGAGCGACGGAAAACAGCUUGGAGGCUAGGAAGACUUUGAGUGGGAUUGUAAGACUUGUGGGCAAGAUAAAAGAAAUGAAAGUGGGUUCAGGGGUGAGAGAUAAGGUCGUGAGCUCUGUGGAGAUGUUGGAGAAGUUGAAUACUACUACCGAUCCCAAAGAGGCUUUCUUACUGUCUCGAGAUGCUGUAGGAUUGGCCAAUGCUGCUUUCUUCGAUCCUUCCAUGAUGGGUCUACUAUACUUCCCGGACGAACACAAACUCGCAGUUUACACUCCCCUAUUUGCACCAAUCGCCAUACCUCUCAUCGUCGGUCUCAUCAAAGAGCUCAAAGCUUGGUUGAAAAGACGGCGAGGUUCUACACCAAACAUCCCGAAAGACGCCUCUUCUCCGACUGAUCAUCUAUCAGCAUCCAACAACACCGAAUCGGAAGUCAAUCUCACCAUGUAG